UUGGUUGCUGCAUUGAAUUUUUGUUACUGGCAGUCCUAGCAAUGUGCACGUCACUCCCGUCACUCUUUCGAGUACAGUUGACAGGUACAGUUGGAGCAUGAACUGAAGACAACUGAAAAAGUAAAGUGGUUUUCAUGUAAAUGAUUACAUUUCUAAAUCGAUAUUUUAGAAAGAAAAUAUUGAUAUUCAACUAAAAUGGCAGCAUUAAUGAAAAAGAGAGUGCUGGCAGAAUUCACUCAAAGUCAGGUAGUAACAGAACCACCGGCAAAGAGGUUAAGAGUGUCCAGACUUUUAACUGGAACCACUAAGAAUGGACUGGGUUCGGAAGCAAGUUCUGCACUGGCAUACAUAGAAUUGUUAGAAAAAUGUAAAGGUGGAAAUGAUGCUCUACAGUUACUCGUUCGCAUAUCCGAUAUAGUUCCUCAAAUGAGACCCGAGGAUGUGCCUAUAGCAGUAAGACGAUUAGCGGAAAGAUAUUCUGUGGAGUCAGAGGCGGCAGCCCGUGCAAAAAUUCUUUGGAUAUUUGCAGAGUUGGGAGAAGUUAUUUCAGAUGUUGCUGAGAAAACCAAUAUUGUUAAUGAAACUGCAAACUUACUUAAGACCGAAGAGUCCCAUAGAGUAAAAAGUCAAGGACUUGCGACAUUAUUGAAGUUGGGUGAUUUUCACAAGAGCCUUGUGUUAAAAGUUGCUCGAGAGCAUUUACCUGAUACAUGGCACGGCGUACAAACACGGUGCCUUUCCAUUAUUGGUCGGUAUUUAUCUACUAAUGCUGCUGAUGAUACAUUAGUGCUCGUAGGGAAUUACGCUCGAUCACAGGAUCCUCGAGUUCGUGCUCAGGCCUUUGAAACGAUGGCAGAACUACACUCUGAAAGAGGUUUUCGACUUCCCGCAAGCUUUUUUUCUGAAGCAUGCGCAGCCUUACGUGAUGAUUACGAAAUCGUUCGUCGCAUUGUACUCAAAUUAAUUUGGCUAUUGGGCAAUGAAUAUCCUGACAACAUCGUUGUUGGCACGGAUGGAGAAGACGUGCGAAUGGUUGACUGUGCUUUUUCUCGGAUUUGUGGUUUAAUGGGUGACUUGUCCCCAAAAGUUCGAGCUGCUGCUAUGUCACUAUUGGGAACCAUGAAGGGAGUAUCUCGACGUUAUAUUGAACAAGCUUUAGAUAAAAAGCAAAAGAGAGUCGAAGACGAAGGUUCAGAAGUCGAAGAAAGAAGUGGAUCUUGUGGAGCAUUUAUACAUGGACUGGAAGACGAAUUUUUAGAAGUACGGACUUCAGCAGUGGAAGCUCUUUGUUCUCUGUCCCUAGAACAGCCUAGUAUAGCAAGAAUAUCUUUAGAAUUUAUGGUUGACAUGUUCAAUGACGAAAUACAAGAUGUUCGAUUAAGAGCAAUCGAAUCCUUAAGAAAAAUGUCUGCAAGCGUUGUUCUUAGAGAAGACCAAUUGGAGACAAUUCUUGGCGCGUUGGAAGACUUUUCUGGUGAAGUAAGAGAAGGACUACAUGCUACUCUUGCUGCGAGUCAUGUGGCUACUCGAAAUUGUCUCCACAUGUGCGUUAACCGUCUUCUAGACAAUUUAGCAAGGUAUCCUCAGGACAGAGAAAGUGUCAGGAGUUGCUUGGCAGCAUUAGGAGCUUCUCAUCCGUACCUAACAUUGCCCUUGGUACCGCAACUACUUGGACGGCACCCAUUCUUCGACACACCUGAACCAGAUGUAGAUGAGCCUUCUUACGCUAGUGUUCUGGUACUGAUCUUUAACGCUGCAUUGCAUUGCCCAAGUAUGCAUGCGCUGUUUACCGAACAUGCAGCCAAACACUACCAUUACUUACGGGACACUAUGCCACAUUUGGUACCUAGGUUACGACCAGUUCUUACCGAUGGACCACGACAAGGCAAAGAAUACGAUGAAAAUGAAGAAUCGAGGGAUCGUCGAGGUAGGGAAUUUUUGGAGGGAAUGGUAACAGGAGUCGAAGCAGCAAGACCUGGUGGCAGAGUGCAUACGCAAUUACUGGAAGCGGCAGCAGUAGAUCUAGAUCGUUUGGCAGAAAUGGACCGUCAUAUGGAAGGCGCCGCUCGAUUCACAGCUCUUUACAUCCGUUGUCUUCUCUUACUUCGGACUGUUAUUAAUGAGCUUUCCGCAUCACCGACAAAUGCCGUAACUGCGUCAUCAGCAACAACCGCUGCUAGCAAUGUUUUUCUACUUCUUCAACACACUCAAAAAUUACAACGAUUAUUUUCCGGAUUGGAAGAGAAUGACGUCGUGUUGGCGAAUGACGUUUGGUUGAAAGCGUUGGCGGUGGAGUUAAUUCGAGUUACCAGAGGUGCUACCGGGAGUGCAGUACCCCUUGCUAGGCAUUUCUUAAUGGAAGCCGACGCACUACCUCAAGAUUCGUCAAAACUACCACCCUUUUCCAGAGCGUUGGUUCUUCAUUUGCCGUCUCUUAUAGAGGCGAAACCUGGAUCAUUAACGCGUCUUCUUCUGCCGUUGCUCCUGACUCAACCGAGUCAAGGAGAAGAACGACUUCCACGACCUUCGGCAGCUACUCGGCUCUGUCGAGCCUACAUCGAAGAGCCCAGAGGUGAUGCAGAUGCCGCAUUAAAAUUCACCGGUGGUCUGCUCUUAGGCAUUCCUCUGACUGCGAAGAUAUUCAAUCUUCGGAAUCCCAGCACGCUGCGGGUCAAAUUGCGACAUCCGGACCAGCAAGUGCAAUUGAUAUUACCUCGGCACUCGGAUCUACGACUACAAGGUGCUGAACAAAAUGACUACAGACUGAGGACCACGGUACUGGUAUCGCAUCAAGUUUGGAUGGAAGCGUGUAACAUUGAAAUCUCACUGGCACUUCUCGUCCCGUGCACUUCAAUUUGCACGCAUCCUUCUAUCGACGAUCCCUGCGUAAUAGAUCUUUGCAAGCCCAUCAAAGUAUCAAUUGCACCUAAGCCAAUUAAGAGAGGUAUUUGAUAUGUACUCGUACAUUUACAAGGAA